CAGACUGAGCUCUGCCCCGCCCCAGAAGCAGCGGGCUUGGUCAGGUGUUCCGAGAACCAACAACGGGCGUAAACUUUUCCCUUGGAACAUUAAUCGUAUUUCAUUUUACAGUCAAACAUAAAUCGAUAUCGAGCAUGCUUAGACGGAUACUUCAAAUGACUCCUGGGAAAGGAGGCUCCCAGAACUCUGAGUCAGACCAGCCCAGUGCAGACCUCAACAAUGACCAGACCUCCGAGGGAUUCAUCUGUCCCCAGUGCAUGAAGUCCCACAACUCCGCAGAGGAGCUGUUUAAGCACUAUGAACUGUACCACGAUUCAGGACACCAGCCCCCCAGCAUGGGCCCUGGCCGGGAAGACUUUAUUCUUCUCCGGCAAGAGUUGCAAGAAAUGCAGACCUCACUCAAGGAGGAGCGAUGGUUCUCUGGCGAGCUGAAGAAGGAGCUGGACAAAGUGCAAGGACACCUGAAGCAAGGUCAACAUAAUGACGGCCAGGCAGGCUCAGAGGAUUCUGCCCUGGCGGUUAAGCUGAACCAGGCGGAGACGGAGAAGUUCAACAUCAAGCAGAUGAAAGACCUGUUUGAGCAGAAGGCUGCCCAGCUGGCCACAGAGAUAGUGGACAUCAAGUCUCGUUAUGAUGAGGAAAAGAGCCUGAGGGAGGCUGCAGACCAGAGGCUGGCCAACCUGAUCCAGGAGCUGCAGAGAGAGAGGCAGGACAAGGACCGGCUACACACAGAACUGCUGCAGCGGCCGGGAGUUGACGACAUGGAGGUACUGCAGAAGGAGCUGAUCCAGGUGCAGACAUUGAUGGACAACAUGACACGCGAGAGGGAGGAGGAGUCUGCAUGCCUCAAGAGCCAAUACGAGCAGCUGCAGGCUGACCACACCACCUCAGAGAUCUGUAAACUGGAGAUGACCAUCUCUCAGCUGAAGGCAGAGCUAGAGAAGGGACCUCAGGAGGCAGCAGUGUACACCCAGCAGAUCCACCAACUACAGAGCUCUCUGAACAACCUGCAGCAACAGAGCCAGAUGCUUUCAGAAACGCUUGGGCGCAGGGAGAAGGAGUUCCAGGAGCUGGAGGACUGCCUGGGGGCUGAGCAGGCCUCCAAGAAGACAGCCCAGGACAGUCUGCACCAGACGGAGAUGGAGGUGCAAGAGCUCCAGGCCCGGGUGGCAGGGGCUGAAGCCAGCCUGCAGAGAGCCCAAGCAGAGCUGGGGGAGGAGGCUGGCAGGCUCCGGAGGGAGGUGGCUGAGCUGGAGGCCAAGCAUGGGGAGGUGAAGGCAGAGAGGAAGCAGCUGCAGCAGCAGAGGGAGGAGAGGGAGAGCCAGGGCCUGGUGCAGCAGAGUGAGAUCAACCAGCUGCAUGCUAAGCUCCUGGAGGCGGAGCGUCAGCUGGGGGAGGUGCAGGGCCGUCUGAAGGAGCAGAGGCAGCUCUCUGGGGAGAAACUGAAGGACCGUGAGCAGCAAACUGCCGACCUGCAGAUCAAACUGUCCCGCUCAGAGGAACAGUUGAAAGAGAACAGCAGUAAGAUGUUGGACGUGCAGCACCAGCUGGAGAAAGCUAAGCAGCAACACCAGGAGCUUCAGGGCCUGCAGCAGAACACCAACACCAAGCUCAGAGAGGCACAGAAUGACCUGGAGCAGGUGCUGCGUCAGAUCGGGGACAAGGACCAGAAGAUCCAGAACCUGGAGGCCCUGCUGCAGAAGACAAAGGACAGCGUGAGCCAGCUGGAGGCUGAGAGGGAGGACCUGGUGGCCAAGAUCCAGGCUGGGGAGGGAGAGACGGCCGUGCUCAACCAGCUGCAGGAGAAGAACCACACUCUACAGACGCAGGUCACACACUUGACAGACAAGCUGAAGAACCAAUCGGAGAGCCACAAGCAGGCUCAGGACAACCUCCACAAGCAGGUGCAGGAGCAGAAGAGCCUCCUCCGUGCGGCCCAGGACCGAGCCCAGACUGUGGAGACCUCUCUAGGGGAACUGAAUGCCCAGCUGACAGAGAGUAGGGAGAAGUUGGCCCAACUGGACACACAGUUGAAGUCUAAGACGGAGAUGCUGCUGUCGGCCGAGGCAGCCAAGGCAGCCCAGAGAGUAGACCUGGAGAACCACCUGGAGACAGCCCAGCAUGCACUGCAGGACAAGCAGCAGGAGCUGAAUAAGAGCCAGGCAUGUGUAGAGGAGCAGGGCCGGAGGCUGCAAGAGAGACAUGAGCAGUGUGGCCAGCUGGAGGCCAGUUUGAAGGAGGUCAAAGACAAACUACUGACCUCAGAACAGUGCAUAGAGCAACUGGGGGGACGGGCCAAGAAAGCGGAGGCGGAGGGGGUGGAGCUGAGGGCGGCCAGGGAGCAGACUCAGCAGGAAGUGCAGAAACUCCAGAAGCAGGGGUCAGAGGUCAAGGGAAAACUGAAGGAGCUGGGUCGCCUAUUAGAGACUGAGAAGGCCGGGGCUGCUGUGUUACAGGAGGAGCUGAAGAGAAAGACGGACUCCCUGAGCGACACGCGGCAGCAGCUGGAGCGCUGUGAGCAGGAGAAGACCUCCCUCCAGGCCAGCCUGGACAAGCUAGCCCAGGAGGGGCAGGUGCGGCAGGCCGAGCUGGACAGAAAAGCCCAGGGUUUGGCUGGAGACCUCCAGAAGGCCAUGCAGGAGAAGGAGGCCCAGUGGAAAGAGCUGGCAGCAGCCAACGACGGUCUGGCUAAAGCCUCCAAGGCCCUGAAGGAGAGCCAGAGCCAAUUGGACAAGGAGAGGAAGAGCAGCAAGAUAGUCUUGGAGGAGAAGGAGAAGUCCCAUGAGAUGGCCAGACAGGAGCUGCUGAAGGCCACAAAGGCCACCACCAAGGAGAUGGCAGAGGUCAAAGGGCAGCUGGAGAAUAUCAGAGAGGCAGAGAAAGGGUUGAAGAUGCAGCUGACUAUAUUAACAGAGCAGCACACUGAGACCCAGGAGGCCCUGAAAGAGAAAGAGAAGGGGGUGCAGCAGCUGCAGACACAGCUGAAGACAGCCCAGGGGUCCUUCAACCAGGAAAAUAAGAAACUGGAGAGCCAAGUGAGCGAGCUGCAAGGAGCACAUGCCAGGAAGGCUGAGGAGGAGGGUCGUCUGAAGGAGCAGGUGUCAGGCCUGGGCCAGGAGCUGAGUUUUGAGAGGACCAGAACAACUGAGCUGCAGAAGGCCCUAGAGCGGAGUCAGGAGGGUCUGGCCAAGAUGCAGUCUGACUACUACGGCAAGGAGUCAGAGGUGUCAUCUCUCAGACAGGACCUUGCGGCGUCUGAGGAGAGGCUGACCCUGUCCCAGGAGGAGUUGGCUGCUAACCGGACCCAGCUGACUGGUCUGGAGGGACAGGUCCAGGAAGUGGAGGCUGCCCGGACCUCCCUGAACCAGGAGCUUGCCAAACGGGACCAGAGGCUGGGCCAGCAGGAGACAGCCCUCAAAGAGCUGCAGAAAAAUCAGGGUGUGACCCAGGAGGAGCUGCAGAAGGAGAGGCGCAGAGUGAAGGAGCUGAACCAGACUAAGGCUGCCCUAGAGAAGGACACAACCAGACUGGGUUCUGAGCUGAAGGCACUCGGGGAGAGGAGUGAGAAGGAGUUGAAGGAGCUUGGGGAGGCCAAGCAGUUGUUGAUCCAGCAGAAGCUGGAGGUGCAGGGCCAUGUGGAGGAGGUGCAGGCAGCCCUGGAGCAGGAGAAAACCCUGCACCAGGUCACCAGGGACAGUGUUACCCAGAGAGAGGAGAAGUCUCGGGUGGAGGUCCAGGAGGUCCAGGCCCAGCUGGCGUCAGAACGUAAAGUCCGGGAGGAACAGGCGAAGCGGGGAGAGGAGGCAGAGGCGCGGCUGGGCCUGCAGGUGACGGCGCUCAACGAGAAUGUGGCCACGCUAAAGAGGGAGUGGCAGGGCAGCCAGCGGCGCUGUGGCGAACUGGAGAAACAGACUGAUGAACUGCGGGGUGAGAUCGCUGUGCUCGAGGCCACCGUGCAGAACAACCAGGACGAGAGGCGUGCACUUCUGGAGAGGUGUGUGAAGGGUGAGGGGGAGAUGGAGAAACUGCAGUCCAAAGUGGUGGAGAUGCGUAGAAAACUGGAUGAUACAACCGCUGCCAUGCAGGAGCUGGGCAGAGAAAACCAGUCACUACAGAUAAAGCAGUCACAGUCUCUUACCAGGAAGUGGGCGGAGGACCACGAGGUACAGAACUGCAUGGCCUGUGGGAAGGGCUUCUCUCUCGCCAUCAGGAAACACCACUGCAGACACUGUGGCAACAUCUUCUGUGCAGAGUGCUCUGCCAAGAACGCUCUCACACCCUCCUCCAAGAAGCCUGUGCGGGUGUGUGAGACGUGCUUCGAAGAUCUCCAGGGUUGACACCUCUCUCUCUCGGCCUCCUGGCCCCGCCAGUAACAGCAUGUCCCAUCGUUUCCUACGUGACCAUUCUUACAAACGGACUCAGAAAUCAACACCUGUCUCUCUGACUUCAUGGACCAUUGGAACCAAUCAGACCUACUGUGAAGAAGGGGCCACAGUCACUGAAUGGGCCAGCUCCAGUGGUCUUAGUAAGGGGGGUAGCUGGGGUCUCGGUCUCAAGAUGGGAAUAUGAUGGAAGAAGCACAGCAGACAAGCCAGAGCUAUGGGAUGGGAUGGGCCAAAUCUGUAUAGUGCCUUUGCCACUUAUGAUGCCGGCUGGUUGGUCAGAGAGUGGUAACGGAGAGAGCUCAACAGCACUAUCCAUCUUUACUCUACAUGUCUAGCUUGGAUGGCGGCCAUCUUGGUUUGGCAUCGUUAGCAUCUUUUAACGUUUAGGAAGACGAGGGGGUUGACUGUAAGUAUACGUUGGGUCUAGAAGGGUUGUGAAGGCAGGUGGAAGAAAGGGGUUAAAUCCCGAACAGGUUAAGUUGUUUUAACAAAAGGAUAUAGAGUUACGUUAAAGGGUUGAAAGCAGUGGUUCUGUUUGUUUUAGGAUAAGUAUUUUGUUAAUGACCAAAGAAUGUCCAUCUGGAGUAGUCCAAAUUUCCUGAGAUGGUAGGAUAUUAGGCAAAAUGGAAAGCUUGGAUUUUUCUUUACCUUAAUUUAAUCUCAAUUACUUUUUAAAUCUAGCUGAAAGCUUUGAGUUUUUUACUUUUAAAGUCCUACAUUUUUAUCAUAAAUUCAGACAUGCUUGAACAUGGCUGGCAUUUAUAAUGUACAUCAGAUUUUUUUUUGCAAUGCUGCUCAUUUUUCUACUAAACGUAAUGAAGACUUUGUUUUGCACCGUCGUUGAUCUCUUGCAAACAACUACUUGUGGUGGUGAUUUUUGUCAUUGAUUGCAGACGUGAUGUGAUCCACGUGGUUGCCUGUGGUGGUUUCUGUCGCCUGUAUCCCAUUCAACAUCAUGACUACUUACUGCAGGAGCUGUGUAUGCUCUGCUUUGAAGCAAUAACUGUCUGCGUGGAUCUUUGUGUGUGCGUGUGUGUGUGUGUGGUGUUUUAGAAAUGGUGUGUGUGUGUGUGUGUGUAGGGUGGCAGUGUUGUCUGUCUAUACAGCACCUCUACAGUGGUUUAACCUUUGGUCCGUGGACCAUCAGGGUACUGUGUUAUUUAAUUUUUAUUCUAUAUUUCUUUCUAUAAUAAUAGUUGGGAGUAUUAAAGGGGGACUGAACCUCCUGAUUUAGCCUCAGUUUCAGUUCUCCUCAUAAGGAAAUGCAACUGUGAAUAAGAUUUGUGUCUUGGAGGUGUGCUUUGAUGUGUCGUGUGUGUGUGUGUGUGUUCGAACGUGGGAAGCCUUUGUACUUUCACUAUGCCUAAACCGUACACACUUAUAGUCACUCACCCUUCUAGAUGACUUGAAACAGUCGAACCAGGUCUUAUGGCCUAGACUAGCUAGCAAGCUAGCCAACUUCUUCGCCAAUUAGCUUCAGCCGGCCGGUGUGCAACCAUGGAAAAGUUGGUUUGACUUUGGAUGGACCGUCAAUAAAUUACACAAUGUAAAUGGGACAAUAUUUUCAUGUUGCACAUCUUUUAGUUGUCUCAUAAGCUUUCAAUAUUUUUGUAUAUGAAUUUCUACAAUUUGAAAUUGGUUUUAGGUUAAUUGAAAUGUGGAAAUAUUUACUUUUUUUUUUUUUUUUACAUUGUUCCAUGUACAUUGUGCAAUUGACUGAUUUGCGGAUGGUGGGCCUUGAGCUUUUGGCAGUUAUUUAGUGGUCCCCGAAACAGAGAUGGUUGGGAACCGCUGCUCUAUAGAAUGCAUGGUGGCUGUUAAAACCUUCGCUCUACAACACUUGGACGUGUCAAUGUUGAUUUACGCUAACUGCAAACUCUUUACCACCAGUCAAAUAGAACUGAUAACACUGUAAAAAAUGUCCUCCUCAUUCAAGUAUUCUUAUUUUCUUUCUGACAAGCUCUUAAUACUGAUUGAACUGCAUUGUCUGGUCAAUCCGCAGUAUAUGAUUGUAUUAAGAUUUUGUGAGUGACUUGUUUGUGUGGAAUGGUUAGCUGUCUGGGUUCUGGUUUGCUGUCCGGCUAGCAAUCUGCCUGUGUCCGGCGAGCUGAACAUCCUUUACUCUCUCUACAGUCCUUCCUCCAGAGAAUAUAUAUGCCAUUUAGCAGACACUUUUCCAAAGCAACUUAACCAUUUGCGCACAUAUUUUACGUAUAUGGGUGGCCCUGGGAAUCGAACCCAUUGCCCUGGCGUUACAAGCGACAUGCUCUACUAACUGAGCUACAAAGGACCACCCAGAAGGUCAUUCUUAAACACAUGGCUUUGUACCAGAUCACUUUGAUCAAGUAGUCUCAUGUGUUAGUAUCCAUCUCUGCAUUACAUCGGUUUGGUAUCGUCUACCUCAGAUUGACACAGGUAUAUAAAUAGUACUAUGGUUAACCUGAAAGAUCACAAAAGUAUUCAUUCUCUGCUGGCCUGUCCAUACAGAUCAAGUUCCCCAGCUUGCGA